AUGAUUGAUACUGGGAAAGCAUUCUGUACAGCCAACAAGCAGUUCAUGAAUGGAAUUCGAGACCUGGCACAAUAUUCCUGUAAAGAUGCAUUGGUUGAGACCAGCUUGACAAAGUUCUCUGACACCUUACAGGAAAUGAUCAAUUAUCACAAUAUCCUGUUUGACCAAACCCAAAGAUCAAUUAAAGCACAGCUUCAGACUUUUGUUAAAGAAGAUAUUAGGAAAUUUAAAGAUGCAAAGAAACAGUUUGAAAAAGUUAGUGAAGAAAAAGAGAAUGCUCUAGUAAAAAAUGCCCAAGUUCAAAGAAAUAAGCAACACGAAGUAGAGGAAGCAACCAAUAUUUUGACUGCAACACGGAAAUGUUUUCGACACAUAGCUCUGGAUUAUGUUCUUCAGAUCAACGUUCUUCAGUCUAAAAGGAGAGCAGAAAUCUUAAAAUCAAUGUUAUCAUUUAUGUAUGCCCAUCUGGCUUUUUUCCAUCAAGGCUAUGAUCUUUUUAGUGAACUUGAGCCCUACAUGAAAGAUCUUGGUGCACAGCUGGAUCAGUUGGCUGUAGAUGCUGCAAAGGAGAAGAGAGAUAUGGAGCAAAAGCACUCCACUAUUCAACAAAAGGAUUAUUCCAGUGAUGAUACUAAACUAGAAUACAAUGUAGAUGCAGCCAAUGGUAUUGUUAUGGAAGGUUAUCUAUUUAAGCGAGCCAGCAAUGCCUUCAAGACUUGGAACAGGAAAAAGCCAGAUCACAUCAGGCGCUGGUUCUCAAUACAAAAUAACCAACUUGUGUACCAGAAGAAAUUUAAGGAUAAUCUCACAGUAGUUGUUGAAGACUUGCGGCUUUGCACGGUUAAACACUGUGAGGACAUAGAAAGACGUUUCUGUUUUGAGGUGGUUUCUCCAACAAAAAGCUGCAUGCUUCAGGCUGACUCAGAAAAGCUGCGACAGGCAUGGAUUAAGGCUGUUCAGACCAGUAUUGCUACAGCAUAUAGAGAGAAAGGGGAUGAAUCUGAGAAACAGGAAAAGAAAUCAUCUCCUUCUGCUGGAAGCCUAGAAUCUGGCAGUGAGACAAAAGAGAAGUUGUUAAAGGGAGAAAGUGCUCUACAGCGUGUUCAAUGUAUUGCUGGUAAUGCUGCCUGCUGUGAUUGUGGUCUGGCAGACCCUCGCUGGGCCAGUAUCAACCUAGGAAUCACGCUGUGCAUUGAGUGCUCUGGGAUACACAGGAGCUUGGGAGUCCACUUUUCAAAAGUAAGAUCUUUAACGCUGGAUUCAUGGGAACCUGAACUUCUAAAGCUUAUGUGUGAAUUGGGAAAUGAUGUUAUAAAUAGAAUAUAUGAAGCGAAGUUGGAAAAAGUGGGAGUAAAGAAGCCACAACCUGGAAGCCAAAGGCAGGAGAAGGAGGCAUACAUCAGAGCAAAAUACGUGGAAAGAAAGUUUGUAGAGAAGCAGCCUGCAUCAGUAUCUCUGCUUGAAUCUGGAACAAAAGCCUUGCCUCAAAAUCAGGAAGAGAAAAGGCACAGUGGCCCUGAAAAAUCCCUUUUGGCAGGGGAACAAGUACGAAGCAGUGACAGUGGGAUCCAGCAGAGUGCUGAUGACAGCAGGGAACACCUUAGCUCUACUAUAUCAGCUAACAGUUUGUAUGAACCAGAAGGAGACAAGCAAGAGUCUUCUGUAUUCUGUGACUCCAAACAGCCUAGUCCAGGAUUGCAGCUGUAUCGAGCUGCCUUUGAGAAGAAUCUUCCUGAUAUGGCAGAAGCAUUGGCCCAUGGAGCUGAAGUAAACUGGGUCAACAUAGAAGAAAACAAAGCAACACCACUCAUUCAGGCAGUGCGAGGGGGUUCGUUGGUUACUUGUGAAUUCUUGCUGCAGAAUGGGGCCAAUGUGAACAUCAGGGACAUGAAAGGAAGAGGACCCCUGCACCAUGCCACAGUUCUAGGACACACUGGACAAGUGUGUUUAUUCCUAAAACGAGGAGCAAACCAGCAUGCCACUGAUGAAGAUGGGAAAGAUCCAUUGAGUAUAGCAGUAGAAGCUGCAAAUGCAGAUAUUGUAACAUUGUUGCGUUUAGCAAGGAUGAAUGAAGAAAUGCGUGAAUCGGAAGGACUCUAUGGACAGCCAGGAGAUGAAAUUUAUCAGGACAUUUUUCGUGACUUUUCUCAAAUGGCAUCAAAUAAUCCAGAGAAGCUAAACCGUUUCCAGCAGUCAGAUUCCCAGAAGUCUUAAGUAUUAAGAAGGAAAAGAACCUGAUCCUUAUAGUGCAAGUCUUUUUUUUUUUACUUUAACAGAAUGAAUUAUAUACAUUUUGUUAGAUAGUUUCGAUAAAAUGACUACUCUAAUGUAGCU